AGUUAUCGGCCAACUUCAUAUCAUCAUCCUUCUUUCUUAACAGGCCAUAACAACUCACUCAUUAGUUUACAACAACCAUUAGGUACUUAUAUGAAGGCAUUUCAAUAAUACAACUACCUUCCAAUCAGCCGAGUUGAUCACUACCACGAAAAAGCCUUUCAAUGGCUGAACUUUCCUUAGUAUUGCCGUCAAUCGCGGCAAUGCGACUAGAACCUCAUCUUCCACCCUUACUCCCAAAAUCCUCUCGAGAGGAGGACGCAUCUUCCUCGUCUAAGCUACCCUUCGUCACACUAACAUUUGCCACUUCACUUGAUUCUGCCUUGUCCCUCGGGCCGGGUAUCAGAACGGCCCUUUCGGGGCCAAAAUCCAAAGCUAUGACCCAUCAUCUUCGUAGUCGCCACGAUGCCAUCUGUGUUGGGGUCGGGACAGCUAUAGCCGACGACCCAGGGCUGAACUGUCGUCUCGCGGCUGAUGCUCCGCCCUUGGAGACUUCACCGACCGGUGACACAGCUGGCGUCGGCGCUCUCUUAGGGCUCGCCUCCAUCUCAACCAAGCAAUCCGUAAUCGAUGAAACUAACAGCGCCGUGACUGCGCGUCAGCCUCGGCCCAUAGUUAUCGACCCAAGAUUACGUUGGGAUUUCACUUCUUCGAGCAAAGUCAUGAAGCUAGCUCGGGCAGGCAAAGGCUUGGCUCCAUACAUCAUAACAGCUAUACCUAACCCCCCAGAAGAUAAGAAGAAAUUAUUGCAAGACCAUGGCGGGAAGUUCAUCAUUCUAACUCAGCCUCAAAACGCUGUAUCUGACUCUGACGUGGGUCCGAACAAUCGUCGUUUCGAUUGGCGUGCCAUCUUAGCAGCCGUGCGGAACGAGGGGCUACAGAGCAUCAUGAUCGAAGGCGGCGGCGAGGUGAUCAACUCACUCCUUUCUCAGGAAAAUUCACAGCUAAUUGACUCGGUCAUAAUAACCAUCGCGCCCACCUGGCUCGGUCAGGGGAGCGUCGUUGUUUCUCCACCUCGAAGUGUUAAUCACGACGGUACCCCGAGCCCUGUAGCUCGGCUUUCAAACAUAACAUACAUGCCCCUUGGAGAAGAUCUAGUCCUAUGUGGAAAUGUUGCACCCCGAAAUUAAUCCCUCUGGCUAUGCUAAUGGUCCUUUAUAAGGUUCUGAGUGCAUCGUGCUUGAUGAUCAUGUGGCUCCAAAUAUUGUCUCGACAGGAUGAGACUCCCCUUCCUAUGAAGUUGUCUCGAAUCUUCUCUGGCGCGGGCUCUUUGAUACCUUGGGACUCGAUCUUUCGUAGAUCUAUUCGUUUAAACUAUAAAUUUAUCAAUGACAGCGAGAUACCAAGAGACAUAAGAUGCGGACGGUAUUAUCAUCGAAAUCACACGUCUACGUACUAGACGAAACCAGCCAAAACUCCCUACGCCUUAACUAUAAAAUAUAUAGAAUAGUCACU